UGCCCUGGUUUCUUAGCUGGCUUCCUGCUUUCAUAAAUGCCUUAGUCUGCUCGUCUUGAUUCUACAAAUCAACAAUCGGUGGGCUGCCUGCAUUAUACUGGUAUUAGCAUUGCUGGUAUUUACACAAUACGUGUACCAGCUGGGGUGGAGCCAUGAGAACCAACAGUAGUCUGUAGAAGAGAUCUGUUCAGCUGUAUUUUGUUUCUACAUGAGACAGAAAUGCCUUCCCACUGCUAGGACCUGCAUAUUCCUGCUAUUGCAAUUAUUAUCAGGUCCAUGCAGUAAACCUUUGAGGAACGACAUGUGCUCUAGGGAAAUGGAAAAUUAUGUGGCAGCCAUGGUGCUCAGUGGUGCUGGGGAUGCCCUUGGGUACAAUAAUGUCAAAUGGGAGUUCUGCAAGAGCGGUAUGAAGAUCCACUCCCAGCUGGCUCAGCUUGGUGGUUUAGAGAAGAUAGAUGUGGAGCAUUGGAGAAUCAGUGAUGAUACGGUUAUGCACAUUGCCACGGCAGAAGCAUUGGUGGAAGCAGGUGAUAGAAAAGACCCAGAGACGCUCUAUCCUCUCCUGGCAAAGAAAUAUAAAGAGUGUAUGGAUGAUAUGGAUGGCAGAGCCCCAGGUAACACCUGCAUGACAAAUGCAAUGAUGCUCAAACCUGAAACUCCAGAUGGGUGGAAACUCCCAUUUGAGAAAUAUGCAGGUGGCUGCGGUGCUGCCAUGAGAGCCAUGUGCAUCGGCCUCAGGUUCCCAAACCCAGAGCACCAGGAUGACCUGAUCCGUAUAAGCAUAGAGAGUGGACGGAUGACGCAUCACCACCCCACUGGAUAUCUAGGCUCCCUUGCCGCAGCACUCUUUACCUCCUUUGCUGUAAAUCGGAAGCCUACCCAGGAAUGGGGCAGAGCACUUCUUGACAUAUUGCCCAAAGCCAAGGAUUACGUGAGACAGUCUGGUCGAGAUGUACAAAAGAAUCUGGACACAUGGUCUUACUUUCAAACCCAGUGGAAAUCUUAUCUUACCCAAAGGGGCAUUGUGGAUGGAACAUCUGAGCCAACAUUUUCUGAAAAGUUUGAUGUUGAGAAACAGGAUGAGUUCUACAAAUCCCUCAGCUACAGUGGCUGGGGGGGCAGUAGUGGGCAUGAUGCCCCUAUGAUUGCUUAUGAUGCUAUCCUUGGUGCAGGUGACAACUGGACAGAGCUUGCUAACCGAGCGUUUUUUCAUGGUGGCGAUAGUGACUCAACUGCCGCUAUUGCGGCUGCAUGGUGGGGAGCCAUGUACGGAUUCAAGGGGGUGCACAAAGCCAACUACGAAAAGCUAGAAUACAGAGACAGACUGGAAACUCUAGGAAGUGGCUUGUACCAACUGACAUUGUAAUAGUACAUAAAAAAUAGGCUCAUUUUAGAAGAUGUGUAUCAUGAAUACCUCAUUAUUUAGAUGCUUAUGGUUUAAAUUUUCUUUAGCUUGUGUGCUAAAAACAUUUUUUUUCCAGAAGAAAUGUGUUGCUGUGCUUUCCCUUAAAUAAGUCAGAACCCCUAAUAAAUAGUUUCUAAGUUCCACUUGACCAAAUGUUAUUGCAUAUCUAUUAAUCCAUUAAGUAAGUUAAAAUGUCAGCACAAGAGACAAAAAGCAGGUCCCUCUACCCAGAGCUAGAUAAGGUCAAUGAGAGGACACUAGUACAACUUGAGACAUGCUUUUAACCAUAUUAUGACACUAGAUGAUGAAAAUAUGACAACCAUGUCAUAUUUGGUACCAAACUAAUUCUCAUUAUGUCAAUGGGAAAUUGCUUAUAUUGGUGUAUGUGCUAAAUAUGUAAAAAGUUAUAAGGUGUUCUAUAAUUUCAGCCAAAGACUCUGAAUUUAAUGACAUGUCGUAAAAAGAGUGGAGUGGAUAUUUCUAGCCCCUCUGUAAGAAAGUUGGGUCAAGCAAUUUGAUAUGAGAGAAACAGGUGUGUCUAACAAUACAAGUUGUUAAUUCUACAAGGGAGGCUGUAUAACAACAGAGUAAAUGACCAAUCUCCCUGGCACACAUAUCUAAAGCUAGUAAAGUAUUGGAUUCUGUUAUUUCUCCUUUUUAUUUUUAAAACUGUUUGCUUGUCUAUAAUUCUAUUUGUUAACAUCUUUUUAUUAAUAAUGCACUGUGCAUAGUUUUUCGCAUAAUAAAUAUUCACUUAUUAA